AUGAACUCAAACGCAGAACGAAGACUUCUCAAGGACUUGAAGAAACUUUAGAACGAGGACUCGUCAAGUGGAAUCACAGCCACUCCUGACGAAGACUCGCUAUACAGAUGGAAGGCUGUCAUUUUUGGGCCAGACGACACAGAGUGGGAGGGUGGAAUAUUCAGACUAAUUCUAGAAUUUACCGAGGACUACCCAAAUAAACCACCCAAGGUCAAAUUUCUGUCCAAAAUGUUCCACCCCAACAUAUACAACGAUGGUUCAAUUUGCCUGGAUAUUCUCCAGAACAUGUGGUCUCCUGUCUAUGAUAUUUCCAGCAUACUCACCUCAAUCCAGAGUCUUUUGUGUGAUCCAAACACUAAGUCUCCCGCUAACAACGAAGCUGCUGAAAUGUACUCAAAGAACUACAAAGAGUAUGUGUAGAGAGUCAAGGAAGUAGUGGAGUUCAGUUUGUAGGACGACGAAGAAGACGUUGCUAUGAAUUGA